AUGCAUCCCAAAGGCACCAUAGCCGUUGAAGAAGCGGUGAUCAGCCCUGAUACGGCAUGGCUUCUAGACGAAUGCCAGCGAAUCUUGACACCUGGCAAUGCAGGAAGACAAGCGAUUGAAGCCCACAAGACCCGUUUGAUGGACAUUCACGGCUCGCGUCUCCAGGCAAUGGAUGCUGAGGGUGUCGAGUUUAUGCUCCUAUCCCUCACAAGCCCAGGCUGUCAAGGAAUCCACGAUCAACAACUGGCUGAGAAAUCCGCAACCGACUUCAACGACUGGCUGGCCGCAGAGGUUGCCAAAAAUCCUAGUCGCUUCGGUGGAUUGGCAGCAUUGUCUAUGCAUGAUCCUAUCCAGGCUGCUGUGGAACUAGAACGAGCCGUUAAGGAUCUGAAAUUCUUUGGGGGUAUCGUGAAUGACUAUCAGGGCACUGGAAAUGAUGGCUUGACAAAGCAGUACUAUGAUACCUCUUUUUACGACCCUUUUUGGAAGAAGGUUGAAGAGCUUGAUGUGCCGAUUUACUUCCACCCGAGAUAUCCAACUGAAAAGGAACUCAACCUAGACGACUACGCUUAUGGUUCUCGCAUGCAUCUUCUGGGAGCUGGUGUCCAGUUUCACUUGGAUUUAUCUUUCCAUGUCUAUGCCAUGUGCUCUUCGGGUAUUUUCGAUCGAUUUCCCGGCGUCAAAAUCGUGGUCGGACAUCUUGGGGAGAAUAUUCCAUUCAAUCUAUGGAGAGCUUCACACUGGUACAACAAACCCAGCAAGAAAAUUGCACGCCCAUCAAAACACGACUACAAAUUCUAUUUUACCAACAAUGUGUUCAUCACUACUUCAGGGAACUUUUCAACCCCUGGUCUGAGAUUUUGUGUUGAAGAGUUGGGCGUAGAGAAGUGCUUAUUCUCCAUUGACACGCCGUAUGAUCAAAUCGAAGAGGCCCAGGCAUGGUGGAGAACAGUGGAUCUUGAUGGUAGACAGAAAGAACAAGUUGGCCGUGAGAAUGCUAUCAGGUUGUUCAAGCUUCCGUUGGAGAUCUAG